AUGGAGGACACCCAGGUUAUUGACUGGGAGAGUGAAGAAGAGGAGACAGAAAUAUCCAGUGACUUUGUGGGUUCCAGCUUGGAGCCUCUAGGGAGACUGCACAUCUUCAGCAGUACUCAUGGGCCAGAAAAAGAUUUCCUGCUUUACCUUGGCGAGAAUGUGGUAGGCCGAAUGCCUGACUGUGCUGUGACCCUGCCCUUUCCAUCCGUCUCCAAACAACAUGCAGUGAUUGAGAUUGUGGCCUGGGACAAGGCACCUAUCCUCCGGGAUUGUGGGAGCCUCAAUGGUACUCAGGUUCUGAAGCCACAUAAAGUCCUGACCCCUGGGGUGACCCAUCGUCUCAAGGACCAACAGUUUAUUCUCUUUGCUGACUUGCUCUGCCAGUAUCAUCGUCUGGAUAUCCCUUUACCUGUGGCCUCCCGGGCCCCUCUAAUCAUAGAGGAGACGCCUAAGGUCCAGGGAGGAACUCAAUCCCAUGGGUUGUUGUUGGCUGAGGACUCAGAGGAGGAAGUAGAUUCUCUUUCUAAAAGCUGUUUGGAGAAAAAGUCAAGGACCACAUCCUCGCCUUUGGCAACAACAGUAGUCCCAGAGAGUGAUGAAGAAGGGGCUUCUUUUGUCAUGAAUGGCCCUACGGCACCCUGUGCCUUCAACUUGGACAGUGACACCGAUGAAGAAGAAGGUCAGCAUCUAGCAUCAGAGGAAGCCUCAGCCUCCAGAAGAGGUUUCCCUACAGAGGCUGAGCAGCCUGAUGCAGAUGGAAUCAGAACUAAACUCCAACUUGAAAACAAUUGGACUUUAGUGAAAAAGGGAGACGGUGACACAAGAGUUGAGAAGGACAGAGGCAAAGCAGUGGUUCCAGUCAAGGUGAUGCUAGAGAGAAGCCUCCCUGCUGAUGAGGACAGUGACACUGAUGUGGAUGAGGACAACAGGCCUCCAGGAAAGCCACCAGAGGGUCAUUUAGAAAGGGCUCAGCCUUCUAACUUCAUUGAUAGCGAUACUGAUGUAGAAGAGGUGAUCCCUGCAACCCCAAAUGUAGUUCUGAUGAACAAGAAGCAGAUCUUCCCUGUAGUUGGAAUGAAUAGUUCUGGGGUACCUACCGUGGCACAGCUGCAAAAGAGCCAGCGUGGUGGUGAUGCACAUGUGGAGCCAGGUGAGGCCCAGCCAGUGGUCCAUCUCAAGAGAGGCCAAGCCUCCAUGGUGAUCAACAGCGAUACAGAUGAUGAGGAAGAGGUUUCAGCAGCGCUCACCUUGGCACAUCUGAAAGAGAGCCGAGCUGUGACAGACCACAGAGAUAUCAGUUUAGAAGAGGCCAGGGCCCCAGCUGUGGGCCUUCUGGGGCAAAACCAAACCUCAGCUGAAAAAGACAGUGAUACAGAUGUGGAGGAGGAGAAACAACCCAUCAUCAAAGGCCACACACACAAGGGUAGAGCUCUUGUUAAUGCACAUUCUGGAAAUAGCCAAACUCUUCUUAGGGAUAGUGAUGAAGAUGUGCAGAGAAAGAAAAGUUCACCAGGGGAUCACUUGGAGAGAAGGCAAGUCACCACCACAUUGGACAGCAGCCCAGACAUGGAGGAAGAAGGUCCAUUAGAAACAGCUAUUGUGCAUCUGGAGAAAUACCAGGCACCUGUGGAAGGGACACAUCAAACAGAUGUGAAAACAGAGGAGAGCCCAGUAAAAUUGCCUGUGGUGCACCUAAAGGAAAUCUGGCCUCCUCAAGCUGAGGGCUCUGAAACAGAUAAUGAAGAGGAUAUGUCAUUCAUGAUUUCAGCAUUGGCAGAUGUAAGAAAGAGCCAGCUUCCGGCAGAAGGGGAUGCUGGGACGGAGAGGGCUUCAGCUGUUCUUAAGAGGGAGAGAGCUUUUGAGAGAGGGUCCCAGGGUGGAUCGCCUAUAGCACAAGUGGAGCAGGACCUUCUCCCUCUAUCAAGGGAGAACCUAACAGAUCUGGUGGUGGGCACAGGCACUCCAGGGGACCUCAGCCAGCCACAUCGAAAAGGAGCCCUGACUCCCAUAGAAAGAAAGAGAGAACCACGUGCAGCCAGGGCCAACGACUUUAAAAGCAGCCUUGAUGAUUCUGAAGAUCUGGACUUGCAGGCUACUCAGUGCUUUAUGAAUCCGAGAGAGAAUCCAAGCCUAGCAGCCAUCCAGAGCAUGGAGGACGAACCCACCCAGGCCUUUCUGUGUACUCUACCCCGAGAAGAACCUGGCCCUUCCUAUUGCAGCAUCCCGAUCCCAGGCCGCCUGAGCUGCAAGAUGACACCUACUGAGAAGGCUCCCAAGAUUAGGGCAUCCCCUCACUCUCCUAAGAUUGAAGAUAUCAAGGUAGAAGAUAGAUCUGAGUUCACCUCAGAACCCCAGCUUAAGUCUUCUCCAAGUGACAAAAGGACUGAAGCUAUUAAGGAUUCCCCUCCACCUCAAAAACGGCCCAGAAGAGGGCAAAUUGCUCAGAAGACUGAGAUCAUUAAGAAAGAAGAGGAAGAUCCUGCAGAGAUGCCAGGGAAACAAGAGGAUGUAGUGAUUCCAGUAUCAGACAAAAGAAAGAGAGACCAGUCAGAGGAGGAGUCCACAAAGACACAGAGACUUAGCCUCCGACAGCGCAAAUCCAACCAAGAGGCAACACCCCCCAAGGUGCUCUUCACAGGAGUGGUGGAUGCCCGGGGAGAACGGGCUGUGCUGGCCUUGGGUGGAAGUCUAGCCAGCUCAGUGACAGAAGCUUCACACUUAGUCACAGAUCGGAUCUGCCGGACCGUGAAGUUCUUGUGUGCCUUGGGGCGAGGGAUCCCCAUCUUGUCCCAGGAUUGGCUGUACCAGUCCCGCAAGGCUGGUUGCUUCUUGCCCCCGGAUGAAUAUGUAGUGACUGAUCCUGAGCAGGAAAAGAAUUUUGGCUUCAACCUUCGGGAUGCCCUGAGCCGGGCUCAGAAGCAACGGCUACUGGAGGGCUAUGAGAUUCAUGUGACUCCAGGAGUUCAGCCACCACCACCUCAGAUGGCAGAGAUCAUCAGCUGCUGUGGAGGCACUGUCCUGCCCCAUAUGCCUCGGUCAUACAAGCCUCGAAGAGUUGUGAUCACAUGCUCCCAGGAUUUCCCUCGCUGCUCCAUUCCCUUUAGGGUGGGACUGCCCCUCCUCUCAUCUGAGUUCCUGCUGACAGGAGUGCUGAAGCAGGAAGCCAAUCCAGAGGCCUUCAUCCUUUCCACUCGGGAAAUGUCAUCCACCUGA